AUGCCUAUGAAAGACUCGAGCAGAGGGCAAGAACGACCGACCAACUAUUGGAAAGAACGGUGGGCAAAUUUUGAAGGACUUCCUGAUUAUUCGGAGAAAAAAGUCCUGUUCUUGUUCAAAAAUAUUAUUGUAAUCACCACCGUCAUUAUUUUGGCAGCCACUCGUUUCGUCACUCAUUUGAGAGUAUUUUUAAUCUUAGAAUACCUCGACCAGUUACCAAUCUCCUUUCCAUCAAAACAACUCCAUGACAACACUCCGACUCCAACCCUAUCUAGCUCGAUGCCCAUUCUUAAAACAAGUCAAUCAAUCGGGUUGGAAACUCCAGCUAUAUCUCUUGGAGCUCCUUCCCGUAGUUCCAGUCCUGGGAGUGAUACAUCGAGCCCUCCACUCUCGUCUGGCUCUGUCAAGCGAUCACUCAAGAGUCGUAUUGUGUCACCGACGUUAGUUGGAAUUUCAGAGGAGGGGGGAAUUCAGAAGUUUGUUAAGAUGACUCCGACUAUGAAGGUUAUGGGUAAAGGCAAUGGUUUGGGGCCUACCACUUUUACUCAAUAUGAAGCUGUUCCUCAAUUAGUCGAUACUUCUAUUCCUUGGAAGGAUAUUGAAAUUGACACCACAAAAACCAAUGAGCAACCUAUACUCAUGAUGAAGCGUUCCGACAGUGUAGGAUCACAAUCUGCUCUCGGUAAGAGACCAAAAGUCAAGACAUACAGACCCUCUAAACCUUUGGGGUAUAAAGAGGGGCGCAAGUUCACGCAGAUUGAAAACGAAAACGACGACAUUUAUGAAGACCCACUAGUUGAAUCACAAACCUACACAGAAGCCUACUCUAAUUUCAAUACUGCGCCAUCAACACCAACAAAGCGUUUAUCAGCGACUGAGAAGUUUUAUAUGGAUGGAUCACACGAUACUAAGCCCGAGUUCCCCACUGGUACAACUAUUAAAGACUUUGGUGCGUUGCCCGACCAUCUUCGAGGUCCUUGCCUUGAAGUUAGUCCUAGAACUAGCGUUUUGGAUGGUCCAUCUGCUGUUCCGAACGUAGAUAAACUUUUGUCUAUGAACAAGCGUGAUAGCUCCCUAGAAUCAUCCCUCAUGAGACCUCUCGAAGCAGUGCCCGAAGGAUCGAUAGCAGCAUCGCCAUUGUCAGAGGUGCCGACAGAAAGAACGGAAGAUAUCAUCGGACAAUCGGAUGGUCCUGCUCAAGUUCCAUCUAUUGCAGCUAUUGAACCAAAUGUUGGUGGCGAUUCUCCAAUUCCAGAGUUACCCGUCACCCCAAUUGCGAAAGAUAAGAAGGAUGAAAAGCGCACACAUAAAGUUAUUAAUAAAUUUCGAUCGGGAGUACGCAAGGGUAGGUUUCGUUGCCUAAGAACACCUGUAUUGGUGGUAAUGCUAGGAAAGGAACUUUCAAAGCCAACCAAAGUAGCCAUUCAGAAUAUCGCAAACGGAUUGCCUUCAGGAAUUGGUGAUAUGCAAACAACACUAGAGCCAUCGGUCUCGCUUCCUACACUUGAACAACUUUCACCUACUCCAGUAGCAGAGGACCGGUGCUGUCCUGAGAGCCCUACACCUUCGUCAGAGAGCCAUUGCUGUAGCGAGGAUUGGAAUUGA